AUGUCUGCUUCUAGUUGUUCUUCGCUCCACAUGCCUCAAAAUCAAAAUUUGAACUUGCGAGACAGGGAACUGCGUUCUAUAGCACAGCAGACUGAUAUAAGUUGUCGUUAUUCUUCGGGGAUUGGAUCACCAAUAAACCUGACCGAGAGUGAAGAACAACGUCUAUUGCGAGCACGUAUUGCUGAUUCUUUAAUUGUUUCAUCUCCUGCGUCUUCCUUGCUUCAUCCAACCCGACGUUCUAUGUCAAUUCUAGGUUCUGUUUGCGCUUUGUUGCUAAAGAAGCAGGGACCCGGUGAAAAGGAAACAUCGAAUUUAACGGGUAGCCAUCACUCGGACAAUAUUUGCCGUAUUUGCUUUGGCGGGGAGUCGGCCGAGCGGUUAGUGCGGCCGUGCUCCUGCCGCGGCACCAUCGCUGCGGUGCACCGCACGUGUCUCGAGCGCUGGUUGUUACAAGCUGCAACUUCAUAUUGCGAGCUCUGCAGACAUCACUACGUCGUUACCAGAAGUCACAAAUGGUCGUGGGCGCGGUCGCUGGUGGAGUGGGCGCGGUCAGGGCGGGGGCGCGCGCUGGCGGCCGACGCGUGGCGCGGCGCGGCGCUGGGCGCGGCCUCCGUGCUGGGCACGGCGCGCGCGCUGCACGCCUGCGAUGCCGCGCUGCAGGCGGGCGCGCGCCGCGGCGGCGGCGUAGCGCUCGCGGCCAACCUAUUCUCGUCGCUGCUUAUUGGGAUAAUAGGCGCACUGAAUGGCCUGUUGACGACGUGGAUGCUGCUUAAGAUCCAGGAGCACCAGAUGUCGUGGCGCGCAUGGCGCGACAGCACGCUGCACGUGCGCGUGGCGCUGGGUGACGCCACGCCAUCGCUACGCUCCCUGCCCUCGCUGCGCUCCCUGCCCUCGCUGGCUACGGUGGUGGGCGAGCCGCGCACCAGCGACCGCGCCACCAAUAUCGCCGACCCUUUCAUGGUCGCUUUACCCUAUACCCUACCAGAUCCU